AUGAACGGAGCCCGCAUACACCCCCACAACUUCCGCCAGAUCUACACACAAGCCUGCGAAACCUUCACCCACAAGCUCCAGUGCCAGAUAUUCAGUCUCCUGAGCUCAUCACCCAGCCCUGACAUGGAGGAGAUCAGCACACGACUGGAGGAGCUCUGCGAGCGGGUGAUUCAGAUUGGAUUCCUGGGCGAGGUCGGCGAGUUCGGGAUCCGGGAUGAUAACCGCGUGCGUAUCCGUUGGGGCUCGCUUUCUAUUAAGGAGAUCUGCUUUGAGAUUAAGUGGGAACUGACUGUGAUCAAAGAUGAGCUUGCUAGCGGUUCUGCGGCUCCCUUGCUGGUUGCGGAUCUUUUGGUCGAUACUUUGGAUCAUUUGCCUUUUUGA